AUGGAAGAUAAAAUAAAUAAACUUUUUGCUUUAUUCAAUGAUUUCAAGAAUCAGCAACUCUUUAGCUUGGCUUUGGCUCAAAUAGUGAAUGUGUAUAAUGAUUACCCUGCCUGUUUGUAUUAAAUAUUAAGAAAAACAAACAAAUUAAUAUAUUCAAGAGCCCAAGAUCCUCGUCUUCGUUUAGAGCAUUCUCAAAUUGCUGCUGCAAUAAUUGAAAGAACAUACAAGAUCUACAAGUAAUUUCAUUGUUAUUCAAUGUAGUGAACGACUUGAAGAAUAUUUGCUAUCAUCAUCUAAUGACUCUAUCCCUGAAAACUUGUUUCAUUUUGAACCAAUAUUGGAUCAAUAAGUAGAGGAUGCUAUGCAGUAAGAGUAAAUUCGUGAUUAUGAGGAGAUCAAAUCAAAUAUUAAGCUAAAGAGUGAAUAAAUUGAUUUCAUCCAUCUGAUCAACGAUGGGAGUGCAAUUCUCGGAAAAGACAUGAAAUACUUAAAAAGAUCACAAGAGAAUAAAAAUUAGAAGUUAGACGAUGAAACUCUCGACAUAAGAUAAGAGGAAAUCAUGAGAUUGAUGGGUUUGUCUGGGAAUUUUAAUUUGUCAAAUGUUACCCGAUUAUUGGAAUUUAUGUAAGGAGAUGCAGAGAUACCCAUAGACAUGAAUUCAUCUUCUGAUGAAAUUGUCGAAAGUUCUAGCGAUGACGAUGCAGUAGGCUAAUACAAGAAGAAAAGUAAGACUAAGGGUAAAUUACCAGAAACUAAUCUCAAAAAGAAACCAUCUGCUUAAAAGAAGAAUCAAACUACAAAGUAUUGUGUAAUAAACCCUUUUAAUGUUAUUUACAACAGAGCAGUCUAUGAAUUGAUGAAUCAUAAAUGGCAAGAAAGACAUGCAAGUGCUCUGGUUUUGAAAUCAAUUGUUAGACAAAAAGGAUUUUUAAAUUUGGGAUUCAGCUAUUUGAUAAAAGGUGAUGAAAAGGAGAUUAAUGGUAUCUUGAGAGCCAGUCUAAUCGAAUACAUAAGUGAUAAGAAUGGUUAAUUAAACAAAUUAGAAUAUUUAUUGACAAGAUGCUGUGUAUUAAUUGUGAUGGAUCGAUUUGCAGACUAUUUUGGAAAUUAAACAAUCAUGAUUGUAAGAGAAGCAGCCUGUUAGACUGCUAUCACACUGCUAACAGAUAGAAAUUACAAUACUAAUAUUUGGAUUCAUUAUCCAGAUAGUUUUAUGAAAUUUGUACUGUUAUUGAAAGAUUUCAUUGAAGAGGGAUAGAGAGUAUAGAUAUAUGAAGUCUCCUAAAGUGCUCUAUUUUUAGUCAAAGGUUUAUUAAAGGAUCAUUUGUAAGUGAUUUUUGAUAAUUUUUCGGAAAUGCUGUUGCAGGUAGGUUAGAGAGAUAAUGAAGAUGAGAUUCUGGAAUUAUUGGCAGAUAUUUGGAAGGAAUUCCUAUAGUUAGGUUUAAAUCAAAAAUAUUAUAAUACUGUCUAUUCAAUUACCAUGGAGUAACUAAAGAAGUAGGAUGACAUCAGCUUUGCUGGAAAAUCUAUAUUCUAAUUUUUAAGUGCUCUAUUUCAAACAGGGUUUAAAAUACAGAAAUAAUUUUAAGGAGAAAUAGAAAUCUUAAAGAAAUUCUUCUUUCAUAGAAUUGUAGAAGUCAAAGAAUAAUUCUAUAAAUAUUUAUUGGCUUUUUCAAAGUAGCAAACAUCAAAAUAAGUUGAUUCUAGAACAAUAAAUUUUAUGAAAAUCAUAUUUUAGACAGGAAUAUUUGAAGAGAAACUUGAGACCUUCUAAACUUUAAUGAAUAUCUUGGAACAAUUAUCCAAACAUUUAGAGGAAGAAUAACUCUAUGAAUUCAUCUAAUUUGUUCACAAUUUCUCAACUGAUCAUCAAUUUAAGAAAUAUUUUUAUCUCUUUGAUGGAAUGAAACGGGAAUCUAUAGAUAUUCAUUAUCCAAAUUUAGCUCAACAAACUUCAAAUCCCAUUGACAAUUAGACAUUUAGGAUGAUUAAGACUGCUUAUUUAAUUAAAGAUAUUAAUUAUAACCAUUAAUUAACAGUUGAUUUAGAUCCAAUUAACUUUAUUUACACUUUCAGAAAUUAUAUAAAUAAUAGAAAGGAAUCGAAUUUAGAAGUAGAUAGUACACGUCAGAAUGGAUGUUGUUUUGAUGAUUUGGAUCUCAAGAUUCAGGUUUCGAUGCAAUAAUUGAACGUGUUAUUGAAAAACUAUAUGCAAAUCGAAAAAGAACAGGAGUAUUUAGCAAUCAUAUAAGGAUUUGUCAAAAUAUACGGAGACUUUGCAAUAGCUCCAGCUCAUUCGUCAAAGCUUAGAUAAUUGUAUCCUGUUAUCUUAAAUUAACUUAAGUAGUUGAGUUCAAUUGACUAUGAAAUGGAUUAAGAAUCAAUAUAGAAAUUAUAGGAUACUACGUCUGAUUUGGUUUAGAAUCUUUAGGCUUUUACAAAGUUGAGCAAUGAAUUAAACUUGAACUUCAAGGUAUUGACUUCAGAUCACACUGAAUCAUUAAUUCAAAGAAUAAGGUAAAGUUUUAAUUUAUUUAAGAAUAGACAAAUUUCAUUUAAUACAGGAUAUAGCGUCAGAAAGGUUAUCCAAAUAAAUGUCCUUAAACCCAAACUGUUGUGAUUUAACAUCCCUAUAUGUUAAAUAAAGUACAUAAUAAACAGUCUAGUAUAUAUUAUCUUAGAAGAACGAAUUGAAAAGUACGAUAUCUAAUUAUGUUUUUAGGAAAGGAUUAUGGUAGAAAACGAUUAAUUUGGCAUUUGCUAAAAAAUUAAGUAGAUUUCUAAUCUUGGCAUCUCUUUUUUGAGAGACUUUUCUUAUAGCAAUUGAAUUAUAUUCCCAGUGAUUUAAGAUUUAAUCAAACUCUAAUGACUUAAACAUCUAAAUUAACUAUAAGAGUAGAAGAUUUGAAGUAUAAUUUAUGGGGAAUAGGUCUCAUCUAAAAUGCCUAUUCAUUAUUUUUGUAAAAUCCAGAACAUUCUGAUUUUGACAAAUGGGCUUAAUAUCUCUUAUCAAAACUGUUAAAUUAUUUGCCAGUAUUAAGCAAUAUCACUGAUGACGAUAAUAAUAAAAUUAUCUUAGAUGAUCUGAAGGGUGGAAUAUUAUUAGAAUUUGAUUAAACCUUUAAAAAGGUUGUUGUAUUGAAAAACACCUUACUGAAACUUUGUGCUAAGUUUAUUCACUUUCUGUCAGUCUCAAAGAAUAUUAGUGUAUUUGAUUAAGUGAUAAUGCAAAUAAAUUAAUUAAUAAAAAGGAAUGAAAAUGGAAUGUAUGAGAUUUUGAAUAUAAUUUUGAAAGAAUUCCCAAUCUCAUUAGCACCAAUAAGUGGUUUUCUAACUUUGAAAGCUAUCAAGAAGUUAACAGCAAAAGAUCCAAAUACAGCUUAAGCAGCGAGCAAAUUGUUUGGAUUUUUAGUGCCCAUCUUAACUAUCAUGGAUGCACCCUAUUCUCCAAUAUCACCAUCUUUAAUUAAUAAAUUUUAAAAGGCAAAGGAAUUUUAAUUAGGAUUUGGGAAGAUGACUAAGGUGGAUUAUAAAGUAGAAGGCGGAAUCAAAGAUCGUAGCAUUUUAAGAGACUAUCAAUGGGAUGGUAUUAGAUGGUUAGGAUUCUUGAUUAAAUAUAAUUUACAUGCAGCUUUAUGUGAUGAUAUGGGAUUAGGAAAAACCAUAUAAACAUUGGUAGUGUUAGCAAAUGAAGUAUUUAAAAGAAAAAAUGAAAAUUUGGUUUCUCUUGUUGUUGCUCCCAGUACAGUCGUAGAUCAUUGGUAUGCAGAAACUAAAAAAUACAUAAGUAAUGCUGUUUUGAAACCACAUAUCUAUGAUGGAGUCUUCCAAGGGAAUCUUAUUAUGGUGUCUUACAAUUAAUUACUAAAACUAAAUCAAAAUUUCCUUAAUUAAGAAUUUUAUUUCCUGAUUCUAGAUGAGGCUCAUAUAUUAAAGAACAGUAAAAAUAAGACCAGUAGAGUCAUAAGGAGCUUAAAAGCGAAACAUAAGAUAGUAUUGUCUGGAACACCUGUCCAAAAUCACCUUUUGGAAUUGUGGUCACUUUUUGAUAUUUUAUUGCCUAAUUAUUUAGGUGAUGAAGAGUACUUUAAAAGGAAUUUCUCUAAAGCAUUUCACACAAAUAUCUUCUCAUUAACUGAAGAUGAAAUUUUAUUUGAUGAAUAGCAAAUUAAGACAUUAAGAUUAUUGCACAAAAAGGUCUUACCUUUUAUUAUGAGAAGAACUAAAUAAGAUGUGCUACCAUAAUUACCAGCCAAAAUUAUAGGAGAUUAUUAUUGUACUCUAUCAGAACCUUUACAAUCAUAAAUCUAUUAAAUUUUAGAAUCAAACUCAUUUUCUACUGAUAUUGAAUAAUAGAUCACGAAGACUUAAGGAGAAUAAAAAAACAAAGUAUGUGAAUCUGUUCUUAAAUUAUUACAUAAAUUGAGAUAAGCCUUAGAUCAUCCAAUAUUGGUCAGAAGUGUAAUUUUACCCAAUAAACGCCCAAAGAAAAAGGUAAAAACAGAAAAUAUUGAGAUGUUGGCUGAACAAGAGAUAAAUUAAUUGUUGGAUAAAUAGGAAAAGCCUGAAAGUUAUUCUCAUUCAGGUAAGAUGAUAGCUUUGAAAGAUAUUUUACAACAAUUGGGAUUUCAAUCAACAGAUGAUGUCCCUUAACAAUAGACUCAAAGCGAUUAAAUUACAAUUUACACAAACUUUAAUAAGGUUUUAGUUUUUUCCAGGUUCAGAGCUGCUCUACAAUUAAUUGCUGAGUAAUUAUUGAAGGCUUAGUUUCCAGGAUUAUAAUACCUAAUUUUAGAUGGAAGUGUUCCAUAAAAUUAGAGAUACCCUUUGGUUACCAAGUUCAAUGAGGAUCCAGAUAUUCGUGUGUUACUUCUUACGACUUAAGUAGGUGGGUUGGGAUUGAAUUUAAGUUCAGCAAAUAUUGUGAUUAUGUUUGAUCAUGACUAUAAUCCUGUGAAUGAUCAAUAGGCUAUGGAUAGGGCUCAUAGAAUAGGAUAAAAGAAUGUUGUUUAGGUCUUUAGAUUGAUUGUUAAGGACACCUUGGAAGAGAAGAUCAUGGGAAUCCAAAGAUUUAAAUCAGCAAUAUCUAAGGCUAUUGUGAAUCAAGACAAUGCAUCCUUAAAGUAAAUGGAAAAAACAGAUUUAUUAUCGAUGUUAGAAUCCACUUCAUAAGGAAACAAUAAAGGUAUUUUGUAUAUUUUACAAAUUUUGUAGAAAAAAAUUCUGAAGAGGAACAAAUUGAGAAAUUAAGUGGCCCAUAUUCAAAGAUUUUAGGAUAGCUUAAAUUGGAUCUAUUAGAAUAACUUAAUUUUGACAAAGAGUAUUGA